UGCGUGCACUGACAUGACAGGGCAUCACGUGACGUCAUUCUGUAUGAAUCAGAAACAUGGCUGCUGCCAUGGAGCUGAGAUGUUGGGGAGGAGACUGGGGUUUACCUUCUGUCCACACCGACUCCCUCAUAGUUCUGGCAUAUGCCAAAUUUUGUGGAGCGAACGUCACAGUUUCUCCGAUUGACUGGACAUGGAAAACAAUAACAGCGAGCGUCCCGGAGCUGUUUUGUGGAGACUCUACAGUUCAGGAACCCACACAGAUUCUUAACUUCAUGAGAAAACAGAGGUUGAAUGCAGAUUAUGAGCUGACAGCCAGACAAGGUGCAGACACCAUGGCGUACAUCGCUCUGCUUGAAGAGAAGCUUCGUCCAGCUCUGUUACACACUUUCUGGGUGGAUGCAGAAAACUAUGCUAACCUGACACGGCCGUGGUUCGCUUCUCGCUCACCAUUCCCACUCAACUUUCUUGUCCCCUGUCGCCAUGCCAACAUCGCCCUCUCCCGCAUCCUCCUUACCAAAGGGGAGGCGCCGUUACACAGAAUCUCUGAAAUGGAGGGAAAGAUCUACAGUGAUGCUAAAGAGUGUCUGAAUCUCCUCUCUUAUCGACUCGGAGCUGCAAAGUACUUUUUUGGCAACUCGCCAACCAGCCUGGAUGCCUUCGUGUUUGGUUUUUUGGCUCCACUGGAAAAAGCUAACCUUCCCAGCAGCCCUCUGCUGAGCCACCUCAGGCAGCUGGAAAACCUCACGGGCUUCUGUGACAACAUCCUCGCGGCCUUCUUCAGCUCGGACCGCCCUUGUCCUCCCCCACCUGUUCAGGAAACAGUGGAUGCAAACCUUCAGAAACUAACACAGCUUGUAAACAAAGAGUCCAACUUGAUAGAAAAGAUGGAUGACAAUCUCCGCAGCAGCAGCCCACAGCACAAACCUUACAGAGCAGAGCCCAAAGCCGGUCUUUCUGGUGCAAAUAGCUCCACUCCUGCCUAGAAAUCAAGCUUUCAGCUUCGAUCCCGACUCAUCCAGAGGUAGAAUCCAACAGAACAUACUGACAGGGAGCAAGAAUAGCUAGUGCAGCGUUGAUUCAAGUGGAAAAUAAUGAUUAACAAAAGCAAGAAUAUAUAAUUCAACAAGAUUAUUUUACUAUAAUGGUGAUAGAUUUAAAAGCUGUUUGCCUGAAAGGGAAGAAAGUGCAUGUGUAACGUAUUUAUAAAAGAAGAGUGCAUGUAUGUGGUGGAGGAGGGAAUGCUGUGAAGUGCAGUUCAAAGGGACGACGGAGGAAAUGAGGAGUCCAGCAGGGAAGUAAGUGGUGCAGAAUUUAACCUACUUGGGAUUUUUUCUUUUAAUCUUUUACUCGUGUUUUUAGAGGAUGACGUGCUUUAAGAGACCGCAGCAGAGCCACACCGGUGUCUGCGUUUUACAGUGAAGGAUCUCAUUUAUGUUUCUCAUCUGCCAUAAAAUCUUUAGUUCUUCACUGUUGUGGAACAGCCUGUAUAGUUGUAAAUAAGGAUGAUUAUAGUCAGAUUCACUUAUUUCCUCCACAUAGAGCUGAUCAGAUGACUAAAAACUCAAGAUUAUGGAGGAGUUUUGCACUUUAUAUUAAGUUAUUCAUGCAUAAUAUUUGGGACUAUUGUGUGUGUGAGAGAAAGACUUGUCCUGUGGACCAUCAGAAACCGACGUGUCUUUUAAAUAGUUCUUUGUUGUUGGAGACUUUUGAUGAGCCUUGAUUUUAUGUGACUUAUUUUUACACAUUUGUUCCACUCUGCUGCGUUAUUUGUGACCAUGCUUAUCUGCCUUUGUCAUUUGUAGUGGGAUUUCUGUAGAGCUAAUAUAUUUUGGUAUCUCAGAGGAAAACUGGAUGUUUUUAAAAUCUACAAUCUAUUUCCAGGGAUGCGUUCCUUGUAGUUCUCUCAUCUCUUAGAAAAUGUGUUAAGUCUGGGUGUGUUACGGUGUGCCUUCAUGACUGCUGGUGACAAAAGGCUAACUGUAUCUUUGAGAGUUUUAUACACGGGUCAUAAAUGUUUGGUCUUUUCCUGCUUUUCCAAACAAAAUAAACCUCUAGUGACAUUUUUCAGUCAUGUGCUUGUAAAAAGUUACAAUUUGUCAUUUCAUCCAUAAUAAAAGUAUAUAUUGAAAUAAA